CUCUCUCCAUUUACUGCUCCUCCCAGCAGCAUCUACACUCGCAGCUGAAAGGAACCGAAACAACAGCGACUCAUAAUCCAUGCCAUUUAGGACGUAUGCAGAAAACACCCACUUCCUCUGCUACUCCUCUGCACUGGAAAAAGCUGGGACCAUGGUUGUCGUGUGAAAACGGACCGGUGUGACUCGGAUUGGAAGCACGAACAGAGCCAAAAAAACAGCCUGUUUCAGGUGUCAGCUGGUGAAGCGUGUGUGAGUGUGUGGGUGUGUGAGAGCGUGUGUGUGUGUGAGUGAGUGUGUGUGCGUGUGUGUGCGUGUGUGUGUGUUUGUGUGUGUGUGCGCGUAUGUGGUUGUGUGUGCGUGCAGGCACGUGUGUUUUCCCAGCCCUGGUCAGUAUUUGAAGCAGAGUGUGGCCUGAACACAUCAGAGGGACAAUGAGCGAGCUGGAGCAGUUGCGGCAGGAAGCCGAGCAGCUACGCAAUCAGAUCCGGGAUGCCAGAAAAGCCUGCAGUGACUCCACUCUGUCACAGAUCACAGCUGGUCUGGACUCAGUGGGCCGGAUACAGAUGCGGACGCGGCGCACUCUCAGGGGCCACCUGGCCAAGAUCUAUGCAAUGCACUGGGGCAGCGACUCCAGGUUACUUGUUAGUGCCUCGCAAGAUGGAAAGCUAAUCAUCUGGGACAGCUACACAACAAAUAAGAUGCAUGCCAUCCCGCUGCGCUCUUCCUGGGUGAUGACGUGCGCUUACGCCCCCUCUGGGAACUAUGUGGCCUGCGGAGGCCUGGACAACAUCUGCUCCAUAUACAGCCUGAAGACCCGCGAGGGCAACGUGCGCGUCACCAGAGAGCUGCCCGGACACACGGGUUAUUUGUCCUGCUGUCGUUUCCUGGAUGACAACCAGAUACUGACCAGCUCCGGAGACACCACCUGUGCAUUGUGGGACAUAGAGACAGGUCAGCAGGCCACCAGCUUCUCUGGCCACACAGGGGAUGUGAUGAGUUUGUCUCUAAGCCCGGACUACAAAACCUUUGUGUCGGGAGCUUGUGACGCCACCUCCAAGCUGUGGGACAUCCGCGAUGGCAUGUGCAGGCAAUCCUUCACCGGCCAUGUGUCUGACAUCAACGCUGUCACCUUUUUCCCCAACGGGAAUGCCUUUGGCACAGGCUCAGAUGACGCCACCUGCAGGUUGUUUGACCUGCGUGCUGACCAGGAGCUGAUGGUGUACAGCCACGAUAACAUCAUCUGCGGCAUCACCUCCGUGGCUUUCUCCAAGAGUGGCCGACUGCUCCUGGCCGGCUAUGAUGACUUCAACUGCAACGUCUGGGACACUCUGAAAGGCGAGCGUGCAGGUGUGCUAGCAGGCCACGACAACAGAGUGAGCUGCUUAGGGGUGACAGAAGACGGCAUGGCUGUGGCCACUGGCUCCUGGGACAGUUUCCUCCGGAUCUGGAACUAAACAAACCUUGUCCCUGCUGUACUCAAUCACUGCCCACCAACUUCCACCUCCCUGAAACCCCACCUUACAUAUCCCAACUCAUCUGCUGGAACCUGCGGGGUGCACACUGUGUCAGCCAAAACCUUCUUUAAGUCGUCCCCGGUUCUCCUGUCUGCUGGCGACCUGCCCACCUGUGAGAACGUACCCACUCUUUCUACCUUUUGACGUUUUUUCACCCAGCUAUUACACAAAAAUAAGAACCUUUCAGUGUAGUUGUCUAAUCAAAAAUUUAAACAGAAAAGAGCUUUGAAAAACUGAAGGAAAAAAUAGAAAUUUUGGCCUUAAAUCAAUUCUGUAGACAGUGAUAAAGACCGUCUGUCACCACAACUAACAACACGCAAGAUGAGCGUCAAUGUUUAAUAUGUAAAUGUAUAUAUAUUGACAGUAUAUAUGUAUAGCAUUAUGUGUGUAUAUAUGCAUCAUAUAUGCAUAUAUAAUGUGUAUGUAUAUAUUUUUGUAGUUAAUUUCCCACCCUUGCGUUUUUGUUUUUUUUAAUGAUUUUUGGGGGGUUUCAAAUGUACAUAUUCACAUUACAACACGACAUGAUGCCAGAAACACUUAUUUUGUCUUGUGUGAGUACCAGAUUAAACGUCAGACAAUUUAGAUACAGCAGUUCAUCAUAAUUUUAGAUCAAAAUUCAUAUUUUAAUGACUAAAAUUUCUGGUACUUGCUGGUUUAGUCGAGCCAAAAGAGGAGCAAGUAAACAAGACAGUUUGCAGAAUUUGACCUAACGAAACUCAUAUUCCCCAUUUGUAUGCGUGUGUAUUACGGUUACAGGCAGUGGGCAUAACUACAAACAUUCAGGUGAAUGAUAGCUGUGAUGUUGUCUUUUUCUUUUAAGAACACAACCCCUGGCAUUCCUUGCGCAGUGUUUUAAAGUUUUUAGUCUGGAUUCAGCUUCAGCUCCAAAGUGAACCAGUGAAUUUUAGGAUACUUUCAAAAAAGCAAACGUGUUUUACUUGAGGCUCUGCCUUUGCCUCUACCUGCAUGGAUUGUGAUUUCAAAUCAUCGGAUGCUGAACAUCUGAGUGUCACAUCCAUUUAAUGCAAAUCAACAGCUGUGUGGCGCGAUCAAUAACCCAAUAAUGGUCCUAAACAGAGGUUUGCAUCAUCAUUUCCCUGUCUCCUGUGGACUAUAGAAUUUACUCUUUUCCUUAAAGUCAAAACGAGCAUCUCCAGUUGCCCGAAAAAUGAUGGAGAGAAGGGCAUCACAUCCCUGGGCAGAAGCCGUUCUCUACCUUGUAAUGCCUGCAUGGACAAAUGGUAGAGCGACCAGUCGUUAUGUGAGGAUAUAAAAGGACCAUAAAGGAGAGCAGCGACUCUGUCAGCGACCUCCGAGGACUAGACAUGAAGAGAAAGAGAGAGAAAUAUGUCUGUCAGAGCUCGCCAUGUCAUUUUUUCCUUUUUUUUUCUUUUUCUAAAUAAAGGAUCAACAAGUCCUUUUUGUCGUCUGCAAGGUGCGAACUGAGCGACUGCAUGGAACUGAAAAUCAUGUUAGUCACUCAAAAAUCACACCAGUGCCACAACAAGCCUGUAAAAAAAACAAAAAAGAGAAAUGAUUUUUUUUUUUUUUAAGGGUUUAACACUUUCAACGAUUUUCUUUUCCUCACCAAAAACAUGUUAUGAACUGUUAAAUAUUGCUAGUGAAGAAAGUACACUUGGUAGACAGAAAUGUACACUUAGUAGAGAGCUAGAAACGCACUCACAAGCUGUAGUACAAAUGUAAACCAUCGAGCACUUGUGACUUAUUUACCCAUAGAAGAAGUGCUGUCUCUGAUUUUGAGUAUUUUCUCAUCACCCAUCUUACAUGAUUUUGGUUCCUCUAAGACUUAAUUUAAAAAAAAAAAAAAAGAAAAGAAAAAAAAAGAAUUGAUACACAUUGUGUACGUGAGUUGGACCUAUCCAUCAGCUGUCUCAGGUGCCUGUCUCUGAAUAUAAACAUUUGACCCGCACAGGCUGGAUAAAGGAGGGUUUGUGCUCCUGUGAGAUGUGGCACUUCUGUCUCUCCAUUCUUGCCUUACGAUGCCAUUCAUGAUAGAAGAGGUAAUGCUAGCAUCAACUACAGUAAUGUUUUCCUCUUUUUACACACUGAUCAAUAAGAAAGAUUGCUGAUUAUUUUUCUUUUCCUGAUAGAAGCACAUUCUGAUACUAGUGAACACUAAAAAGCAUGCUUACAGAGAAACCCACCACCUGCAGCUCCAUACUGCUUCUAAAAACAAGUGUUUUACACCACUUUUUAUACAACUCUGCUUUCUCUUUCUACUACUACUACUACCGUACAGUUUGUAGUAUUUAUUUAGGUUCAGUCAGCUCUCAAUGAGACCCCUCUUUGGCAUAUCGUGAUUCUAGUGACCUUUUUUUCUUCAUGUUUUAGCUGCUUCUACCUGGCUUUGCAUUAAUGAGUCCAUUUUGAGAGAAUGUUAAAAAUAACAGUUAUAGUUUUUAGCCUGAGAAUAACUUUGAGGUGUGUAGGAUGUGAUAUGUAUUGCAUAUCAGUGUUGAAGUGUGUGUGUGGGAGGGGAGGGUUGGGAUGGGAAGGAACAGGUAAGGGAGGGUGGGUCGCUUGCUGAUGUAUGUGGAUAACAUAUAGAUCUAAGUGUUACUUCCUCAUUUGUGCCAAUGUUAUCCACAGACCCUGAGCUGUGAACUGAAAACUACUCAAUGUGACAAAAAAAAAAAAACAAACAUGUUUGCUCACUUUACUCAAGUGCCAGCCUUCUCCAUAUCCAUCAGUUAGUCAUGUCAGUAUCCAAUUUUUAUACCCAAUCUAUUGUCUGAUCAGACAGGUGGACUUGUAUUUGAAGACGGGCUUUUGUAUCCCAAAGUGUUAUCACGUUGACAGCACUUACCAGGCUAAAUUCUCAGACAUUCAUUUUCAGACAUUCAUGUCCCCAGAUAAAGAUGACAAAAUGUAUUUCUAGAAAAUAGUUUGAUAUUCUGGGAAAGGCUCACUUCCUGGCGGUUGUAUGAGUACACUUCAACCAUAUUUGCAUGUACACUUGCCAUGUUAUGUUGCGUUACUUAGCUAAGCUAGCUGGCAGCUAGCGGUAGCGCUCUGAGGUAUUUUGCUUAUAGGCCUGUCAUGAUUGCUACGUUUGGUUAAACAACUUAUUGCCCCAGAAAUAAAUGUAAUAAAAAUGUUUUGGUCUUUUCAGAACCAUUUUUGCAAGUGAUAUAAUAUUUAAACACUGGAAUUGGAAUUUAAAAAAAUAUGACAAUCCUAAAUAAAAUUUUUAAAAAGAAGCAUACAUUAAAUAUAACCACUCAACCAAAACAAAAUACAUUUGUGAAAAGCUGUGAAAACCUUUGUAACUGUCAGAAAAACCUGGUUGGUUAUUUUGGCAUCAUGUUGGUAACAUUCUCAUGUAUUCUAUUUUGAGAUCAUGUACAUGCAUAGAUAAGUUAAUAAGAUUUGUAUGUUAAGUCAAUAAUGUAAUCAUUGUGACAGGUCUAUGUAUCAGACAGACACAUGUGGUAUCUUUUCCAACCCUUGUGCAGAAAGCGAAUAAGCGCGUUUCCCAAAAUGCCAGACUCUUCCCUUAAACUCUCCCUGUUCUUUCAUUCAGCAACGAGCUGUGUGAAAUCUGAAAAAGAAAAAAAAAAAAACACCAUAGCCCUUAACAGGUGAAUAGAGGGUUGUGUGUAUUACUGACGGUGACAGGCAUCCAUUUCCUCACUGUGUGUAAUUCAGCAGUAUUAGCAGCUGGAACCUGGACUAGUAACACUUCUACGUGCCUGUGCAGUUCACUCAUCUAUGUAGUGCCGUAGACUCAUUAAUCAAAAAGGUGCUUGACUACAUUUACUUUCACAUUAUUGUUGUAUUUUCCUGAAGUCUCCUCCAGUUUAUUCUCUUAACUACACAACUGAUGUGGAGCUGUCAAAUCAGCUGAUUUCCCGUAACGGAAAUGUCACCGUGACGCAUUUACAGUGUUGUCUGUGGUACCACACUCGCAGAAACCGAAUCUUUGGAUAGUUGGGAGUGGUUUGUUUUUGGCAGUUUUUGCCAUUCUCACAUACUGUGCCAACGUCUUAACUUCAGAGAGCAGAUGUGAAAAUGUCUGGUGCACAAGUUUAGGCAGUAUUUGAGGACUGUAUUUGCACGACUGUCCAACUUUAGUAUAUGUGAAUAUGACGAGUUUUAAGAUCAUUCAACAGAGGAGGAUUAAACAAAACAACAAAAAAAUCAAUGACACCCCACCACUUGAAUUGGUCACGUGAUCACCACCACAGCACCAUCACAGAAUAAAUGCACUGCCCUGUGACUCUACAACCUACUGUUCUGACAAUUUGUUUUGAUUUUAUUUAUUGUUUUAUGUUUUAAGCCAGUAAUGACCAGGGACUUGGUGCCAUGAUAAUUCUCUUACAGUGCUAUUGUGUGAAAUUAUAAUCACUUGUUAUUGAAUAAUUUUUAUAGUCUUUUUCACACCAGACCUUUUUUUUGUAUUUGUACAGUGGCUUGGUGAUACUGAUAUGUUGCCAUGAGUUAUUGUAACCAAUAAAAAGCUUCUAACCAAGAA